AAACCAACCAAUAGGAAUGAGCCUCAUCCUUUCGUCAUAGCCAAUCGUCUGACGACGAGCCCUUCUCCAAACAUGUCGCCCAUGAAGCUGUGUGUUCCUGGUGACAAACUGUGCAGUGUAGAAGACUGCACUCCUGGCACAGGUGUGUACCUGCGGCAUGGCUACAUCUACUCCUCGCUCGCAGGCUAUGUGCUCAAGAAGAACGAGGGCGAGGAGCUACCAGUCAUUUCCGUCGUGAGAGAAACAGAAACCCAACUACUGCCUGAUGUCGGAGCAAUAGUCACUUGUAAGGUAACCAGCAUAAACCCCAGGUUUGCUAAGGUUCACAUCCUUUAUGUUGGCUCCACCCCGCUGAAGGAUCGCUUCAGAGGAACUAUCAGGAAAGAAGAUGUGCGAGCGACCGAGAAAGACAAGGUGGAGACGUACAAAAGUUUCAGACCUGGAGACAUUGUCCUGGCCAAAGUGAUCUCACUGGGUGACGUGCAGUCCAACUACCUGCUGACCACAGCUGAGAACGAGCUGGGAGUAGUGGUGGCCCACAGUGAAGCAGGUGCACAGAUGAUUCCCAUCAGCUGGUGCGAGAUGCAGUGUCCUCUGACACAUGCAAAAGAGUUCCGCAAAGUGGCGCGGGUCCAGCCGGAGUAUCUGCAGGCCUAAAAGCUCUUAUGGACGUCUUUCCCCUCCACAAGGAACACACAGCUUCCCUUCUCCUCAUCCCUGGGUGACCAAGGAGGUUUCCUCUUUAAGAUGAGACUGAAUGACGAGUGUUCAGACACUGAUACAACCUUACAACCAAACACGUUGGUCAAGAGCUUGUUUCCAGCUUAUCAAUUAUGUUGCAGUCUAGUGUUGAAUACUACAUUUUUUAUUUUUGUACCCCACCAAUCAGGUAGAUUGCACCAAAAAAACCAUACUCUUAUCUUGCGGUCUGGACUGCAACAUAAAACCUUUUUAGGGGCGUCUCAGAUUGUACUUUGGAAUUUCUGGUGCUCCUUUUUCCCCCACAACAUCCAUUGAUUCUAUUUUUUAGGUGAAGUCACAAAAAUUUGGCAUAAAAAAUAAAAGUAAAUAUUUUUCAGCACAUUAUGAGCCUAUGACAAAUGAGCAGAAUUGUUUUAAGAAUAAAAUGAAGAACACUUGUAACUUUGCUGCAGAUGUCUGCAAGAGUGAAAUAAAAUGGAAAAAGUUUUAA